AUGACGAAAUUCAUGAUCAAUAAUAGGACAGACGCAUGAAAAACUGAUCGUCAAUUCGUUAACUUGCAAGAAAGGCUUGGUUCCCUAGUCCAGUGUUCUAAAUGGGACGAGGUUGCGCGGGAACAUUUCACGUUGUUAUUGGAGAAGCUUUGUAGUCUUUUUCAGUCCAACUUUGUGCUUUCUAUAGUCUUAUAUAUAACGAAAUGUUUUCCAAUUAAUGGAUUACACUGGAAGAAUGGACGAUUUUCGAUCAUCUUACGACUAUUUAUACAGAGAAGGUGAGAGCUCUGAUGACGACGAUGAAGAAGGCUUUAUUUUUCGUUCUCCUGUUACCAGUGGCUGCAGUCGACAGUCUGUCAUUUUUCCGUCUAAAAGACGACGAAUUGACUCUUCAAGCUCUCAACUAAACCAGCGAACUGAGAGUGCUGCAAUACAGCGUCCAGUUCAGUUAGAUUCGUGUUUUGGACACAGCAGAACCAUAAUUCACGUUGACAUCGACUGUUUUUACGCGCAAGUGGAGAUGAUUCGCCGCCCGGAACUGCGGCACGUACCCCUGGGAAUUCAACAAAAACAUAUUGUGGUAACUUGUAAUUAUGUCGCGAGGGAACACGGGGUGAAGAAGCUUGUUUUCGUUAGCGAUGCAAAGAAGAAAUGCCCUGAUCUUGUUUUAGUUAAUGGUGAGGAUCUGACAGUGUACAGAGAAUUUUCUGGUAAAGUUCAUAGUUUGCUGACCAGAAAGUUCACACCCCUGGUGGAAAGACUAGGAAUGGAUGAGAAUUUUUUGGAUGUCACCGAGCUUGUCAGUUCACGACUACUGAGUAAUCCAUCUGAGGAUAGAAACUAUUCGGGGCAUUUGUACCAUGGCAGCUCUGACAACAGCCUGGAAAAGGUUAUAAGUCCAUGCCCUUGUGGUUGCCAUGAGAGGCUGAAAUUGGGAUCUGUAAUUGCAGCGGAAGUCAGACAGGCAAUCCUUCAAGACACUGGCCUGACAUGCUGUGCUGGAAUUGCUCACAAUAAACUCCUUGCUAAACUUGUGGGUGGGUGGAGGAAACCCAACAUGCAAACAACACUGCUUCCUGAGGAUGCUGAGAGCCUCUUGUCAGGACUUCAAGCAAGAGACAUUCCAGGGAUUGGACAUAGCAUGGCCAAAAAGCUGCGAACAAUUAACAUUUUAUCUGUUACUGACCUACUGACAUGUUCCCAGCAAGUACUGGCAAAAGAAUUUGGCAACUCACUAGCAGAGCAGAUGGUUAGAUUAUGCCAUGGCAUUGAUGACAGCAAAGUUAUCCCAUCUGGAGAAUUUAAGUCAAUCAGUGAUGAAGAUUCCUUCAAGAAAUGUUCAACGCUUGAUGAUGCAAGGAAGCGACUUGAGAGCCUUAUUGAUGGAUUACUUCCAAGAGUUUCUUACGACAUUGGCAUACCUCAGACUGUGAGAGUUACAGUGAGAAAGCAAGAAGAUAAGGUUUACAAAAGAGAGAGUCGUCAGUGUCAAAUACCUAACACUGUUUCAUUCAACAACAAAGACAAAACACGAGAUUUGCUAUUGGCCAUUUGCCUCUCUCUGUUCAAUAAGGUUGUUGAUGUGAAGAAGCCAUUUCACUUAACUCUGAUAGGAGUUUCAUUAACAAACUUUCACAAAUCAAGUGCAGCUCAAUCCAAGAAGAUCUCAAAUUUUUUUGAGAGGUCUUGCUCCCAGCAAGCAUGUUCAGCAUCUUUUGCUACUUGCAGUAGUCUGCUAUUGAAGGAUGAUCAACAUGAUUGUGAGGCCUUGAAUGGACCCAACGAUGUCACCACCAAGGAGCAGGAACUACGGCAGAGUUCAGUGCUAACUACACAGGUUAUCCAGCUUAAUGAAACAAGUAUUGAUGGUUUGAACACAAAGAAAAUUGAACCCAAUACCAUCUGUCCCAGCGGCAUAGAUCCUACUGUUUUUUGUGAGCUUCCAAGUGAAAUACAGAAAGAGUUACAAGCCAGUUGGCAGCAGCAAGGCAAACAUGACAAAGUUGCAACAAAGGUGAAAAAGUCCUCUGGAAUACAAAAAUACUUUGCUAGUCAGAGCCCAAGGAAAUCAGGAAUCUAGAAUGUCUCCUAACAGAUGCAUAGGCACUGUAGUGAUUGACUCAGACAGCGACUCAAGAGCAGAUAGUCAGGUCAGGAGGAAGUCAAACAGGUGAAAACAGUGUGAACAAAGUUCUCAAGAAUAUUCGUGACUUUUGUUUGCACCAUUUUUGCCCAGUGGACUUCCAGUGACCCAACUUUCUGCCCCCGGGUCUCCAAGGAUGAAACUCAGAUGUACAGGUAAUGUUUAGCGAGAACUGUAUAUUUGGAUGGGGGACUUCCUUUAGUAAGAAAAAUGACAUGGUCAUUAUAGUACAUGACCGAUUCACUGAUUCACCAAUGUUUAGACUAUUCUGGUACCUUUUGGUAUUAAACUGGAAAAAAUUUCUCAGAGAUGACUUAGCAGAAAGAUUUAGUACUUCUAAUGGUACCUCUGGGGAGUGAAAAUGAACUCGAGCCAUGUCCCCCAAAAUACGAUGCUGGCCCUAUUGAGAGAAUCCUUUUCAAAAUUUUUCACAAUCACCCACGUUAAUUUAGUAUAAUUUUUGUAUGUUGAAAAAGCUGUGGAAACACCCACUUGUCAGCUCACGAUCCCAAAGCAUUUCUUAUUCUCCCAAAACUUCCACCCAUGUUUCUAUAACCCACUAUAGUUCACCACUGACUUUUCUCUGAUUCUUAUUGGUUUAAACUGAUAACAGGAGGCUCUUUCAUUGUUGCCUGUACAAACAUAAAUGCGUUAAUGGAAUAACUUCCCACAGUAUAGAACUGUUAAGAAACAGCGAUGUACAUAGUUACAGUAAAUGCAACAAAGACGAUCUAAAUGGGGAAAUAAAAUCAUAAAAAUCUAUGCUAACUAGGAUCCCAACCCUGUCACAGUCAUGAUUUCCUUUGUAUAAACUUGGUGAAUUAUUAAUGAGUUGGAAGUCUAUGUUAAGUUUUUGGCAUUUUCGACUUUAUAAUGUCUGUGUUUCUCUUCACAUGUUCUUUUUUUCAAAUCAUGGAGAACAGAAAUAAAAGUGAAAAAAUGUU